CGUCAUCCAACUUCGACAAUAUCUAGUUUGACGACCAUUUCAAGCGACCAUUGUUUACAGAAUGGCAUCGGUGGAUUUGAAAGACAACCUUCUGGGUAUAUCAUGGGUUGACAGCGGCUGGGUGCCCAUUCUCAAUCCAGGAAAUGUCCUGGACUACUUCUCAGAGAGGAGCAAUCCUUUCUACGACCGCACUUGUAACAAUGAGGUCGUGAAGAUGCAGCGACUCACACUGGAGCAUCUGAAUCAGAUGGUUGGUGUGGAGUACAUUCUGCUUCAUGCUCAGGAGCCUAUUCUUUACAUCAUCCGUAAACAACAAAGACAGUCCCCUACACAAGUGAUUCCGCUGUCAGACUUCUACAUCAUAGCAGGGGUUGUGUAUCAGGCCCCAGACCUGGGAACCGUCAUUGGAUCCAGAGUGCUUUCUGCUGUCCAUGGCGUCCAGUCAGCCUUUGACGAGGCUAUGUCUUAUUGUCGCUACCACCCAUCUAAAGGAUACUGGUGGCACUUUAAAGACCAGGAGGAAAGAGAGAAGGCAAAGCCAAAGUCUAAGAAGAAAGAAGAGCCCAGUUCGCUUUUCCAGCGCCAGCGUGUGGACACACUUCUGUUGGAUCUCAGAUCCAAAUUCCCCCCAACAUUUUAUCAGCCCAAACCUGGUGAGAAGCCUAUCCCAGUGGAGGUGAAGAAGGAGCCAGAACCUCCAGCAGAGGUGGUGAAGCAGGAAGAGAGAGAGCCAGCGCCGAAACCCUCCGCCCCAGCUCCUCCCAGCAAACCGCCCCCUGAGAAGCGUGCUCGACUGCAAUGAUUGUCUGCCUUGAAAACACAUCACAAAGGCACUGAUGAAGGACCUUAUCAGACUGGACUGUGACAAACCCUGUUUUUGAUCAUGAUUGACAAGUGGAAGGACUCGUUUAUCUCCCAAACCAAUGGAUACUAAACAAUGGUUUCACAAUCACUCAAUAGAAACGUCCAGGAAGUUCACAGUGCCACCACUCCUUAGACAUUAUAAUGCUGUUCAUCACUAUCCACAUCUGUGUGGAUCUUUAGUGGACCUAGAGUUAGUAGGGUGUCAAUUUGUUUUCUUUUACUGGACAUUUAUCUAUCGUUUUUGUUGCCUUGUAAUAUGAAUCUAGCCUGGUGUACUUGUAUCAAUGCCUUCCCAUGUUUUUGUAUAGAUCAGGGUGAUAAUGAUGACAUGCUGACAUCUGCACCAAUCUCAGUCUCCUGCUUUAUUCCCCCAUACAUACUUCUCCUCAUUCCCAGGUCUCAAAUCCAUUUGAACUUAAAUUCAAGUUUUUAAUCAAACGAAUUUCAAAAUUCUCUGUAUUCAAAAUGUUAAUGCUGAAUUAUUAUUAAAGACUAAUAGGA